GGCCCCCCACGCGUCUCGGAUUUUGCACCCCGCGAGGUCUCGCUGCUGCUGCUCGCCGGCCGCCCGCCUCCCCCCCACUCACGCGUGGUUGCAGCAGCAGCAGCAGCAGCGGCGGCGCGAGCCUCCCUCCUCCCCGCCCCGCCCGCGCGCGCCCUGCUGCACGCGCCGCCCGCCUCCCCUCCCCGCGCUCGCGCGCCGGCCUCCACCUUCCAGGGCGAGGUUGAUUCGGUCGCGUCCGGCGUCUCGCGCCCUUUUUUUUUUUUUUUUUUCCCGGGGGAUUCUUCAGCCUCGCGCGCGCGCCCUGUGUCUGCACCGGCCGCCCCGGCUCCUCCCCAGCACCAGCAGCCGCCGCCGCCGCAGCAGCAGCCAUGAGCGGCUGGAACUCCUACAUCGACAACCUCAUGGCGGACGGCACCUGCCAGGACGCGGCCAUCGUGGGCUACAAGGACGCCCCGUCCGUCUGGGCCGCCACCCCGGGCAAGAUCCUGGCCAGCAUCACGCCGGCGGAGGUGAACGUGCUGAUGUCCAAGGACCGUAGCGGCCUGUUCGUCAACGGGGUGACGCUGGGGGGCCAGAAGUGCUCGGUGAUCCGGGACAGCCUGCACGUGGACGGGGAGAACACCAUGGACUUGCGCACCAAGAGCACGGGCGGGGCCCCCACCUUCAACAUUACAGCCUGCAUGACCAACAAGACGAUAGUGCUGGUCAUGGGCAAAGAGGGCAUUCACGGGGGCUGCGUGAACAAGAAAUGCUUCGAGAUGGCCAGUCACUUGCGACGUUCGCAGUAUUGACGCCGGCCCGGCCCUCCGCUGCGGUACUACUGAUGCCCACGCUGCCUGGGACCACCCGCCCCCCCCCCCCA